UGUAUUUCUCUCUCUAAAAAAUGCUGUUUUGUGCUGUUUCUCACGGCACAAAAAAAUCCCUUCCUUCUCUCUCCCUCUCUACAAUCCCGCCCUCGAUUCUUGCUUUUUUACGAUCCUGUCCCUUCUAUGUAUCUCUCUUCAUCUUUCCCUCAAAUGCCCUUCCAUGGCCGCGAUAUUGCCCUUUUCUCCAUUGCACCAAUCGUUGGAUUCAAUUCCUAAUUCAUUGAUACUCUCAGAGCCUUUCUUUGCUCAAUCCUGCUUGAAUUUCUGGUUAAGCUCCAAUUGCUAGACUCCAGUAAAUGAAGGUGACUUUGUUGCCACAUCUAGCAAGAGUUUGAAAAUUUUGACAAUACAAGAAAUCUCUAUUUGUUCUAGGAGUUCUUGAUGGAGCUCAAGGUUUCAUCACUAAAGUCAGGAGGUAUUUCUCCUCCUCAUUGUGAUAGUGAUCCUGAGGAGAAGGAAGUUAGUGAUGAGGAUGAUGAUGAUCGCAAUCAUAAGCAUCGAAGAAGGGAGACACGAUCUCAAUCUUUGGAGAGGGAUUCUCCAGAACCUAUUUUUACGAGGUCAUACAGGAAACAACACAAACCAUUUGAAAAUGGGCAUCCUUUCAGGGAGAAUGAAUCUCAAGGUAGUGAAACCUGGAAAAACUAUAAUAAUGUUCCUCAAGAUAAAGACUUCACCUCAAAAUUUGUGAAGAGACGCCCUGGAAUGGCAUCAUUACCUCGAGUGGGUAUGGAUUUGAAUCAAAGAAUCAGGUCAAACCAAACAUUUUCUGGAGAACAUGGACCUGGUAGAGGAAGAGGAAGGGACCCUAGUUCUUGGAACCAACGUGAUUCUAUGUUCAGCUCAGUUGAUAUUGCUUCACAAAUAGUUCAGCAAGGAGCCAUUACUUCUGGUCUCUUUGCAGGAAGGGGAUUGCCAAAUGUGUCAAAUGCACAAAAUGCAUCCUGGAAUGCAUUUGGGUUGUUUCCUGGAAUACCGAAUGGUGGCCUUGAUGCACUCCAUUCCAUUGGUUUGCAAGGAACACCUGGACCAGUACUAAAUUCUUCAUUGAAUAUAGGCAUUCCCCGCCAGCGAUGCAGAGACUUUGAGGAGCGUGGAUUUUGUCUAAGAGGGGAUAUGUGUCCAAUGGAGCAUGGUGUCAAUCGUAUUGUUGUUGAAGAUGUUCAGAGUCUUUCGCAGUUCAAUCUCCCUGUUUCACUUCCAAAUGCACCGCUAGUGGGAACACCUGCUGGACCAGGGGCUUUGCCAUCAGUUGGUGCUCCUUCAACCACAUCAAUGAAUGGCAAAGGACAUAGCAGAAAUAGCAAGCUUGGAAUAGUUGAUGAUGCUAUGGGCUUGAAUGGUGGAUAUUCUGGUUCUGCUGGUGUGAGUGGAGCAGACUUGUAUGAUCCAGAUCAGCCACUAUGGAAUAACAAUGGUCCUGAAACAUCAAAUGCACUAUUAGCACCACAUUCAUCCAAAAAUGAUGAAACUGAAUCCUUCAUGAAUGUUGAUCCUUCUGACCGUCAUAAUCUCAGGUUGUGUGAUACUACUGAUAAUGAAUGUUCAAUAAGAAGCACUGGGGUUCCUGUUAGUUCACAGAAUACAGGUUCAUCUGUUUGGGGUAGAGUUGGUAGCAUGAAGAAUAGAUUAGAUGUGAGAGAGAAAACAGAUUUGACAGUGAGUACAUCAGAUCAUUUGGAGAAUGAAGCAAAGGAAGAUCAUGAUGAAUUAGCCAAUAUUCAAGGUAGUACUUGUCAAGGAAAGCGGAUGACUACUGAGGGUGUUGGCCCCAAAACUAUUGAUUCAGCAGCCAGGAUACAGAGUGAUACCUCGCAUAAUGUAAGGAAAUCAUCUCAGAAGGCAUUACGUACACUAUUUGUCAGUGGUAUUCCACAAAAAAACAACAAAAGGGAUGCUCUUCUUUCUCAUUUUCAAAAGUUUGGGGAGGUUAUUGACAUUUAUAUCCCAUUGAAUGGUGAACGAGCUUUUGUUCAGUUUUCAAAAAGGGAAGAGGCAGAAGCUGCUUUAAAAGCACCUGAUGCUGUAAUGGGCAAUCGCUUUAUCAAACUAUGGUGGGCUAAUCGUGACAGCAUACCUGAUGAUGGCAUGGUCAGUAGCAGUAGUUUAUCUUUAACUCCCCGAGGCAUGCCAGCUGGUUCAGUUCCACCCCAAUCUUUAUUGGGUAAAAGAGGAAAAGAUAAUCUUCAAUCUGCUGUUUCUAAGGGUGCUAUAGUCCCUCCCUCUGAUGCAUCUCUUCCUCACUCUGAUCAUCCUAAGCCUUUUGCAAAUGGUCCCAAGGCUCCACCUCCUAUGCAGAAGAAGCUAGAGUUAGAAAAAUUGAGGGAUGAACUCCGCAAGAAACAGGAGAUGCUGGAUGAGAAGCGAAAUGACUUCCGGCGCCAGUUGGACAAACUUGAGAAACAAGCUACAGGAGUUAAGGGUGAGGCUGUGGUUGAGCCUGCUGCUAAAAGACACAGAGUAGGAAUAGCAACUGAUGUUGCAAAAACUACUACUCCAAGGUCCUCUGAUCCUGUUGUUGGUGCGUCAUCUCCAUGUGCUGAGAUGAUAGUGGAUAAGAAUAAAUCAACUGAAAAUGUUGCAUCAUCCAUUCCCAAAACAAGUGCAUCAUUGAUGCAGCACGAAUCUACAGCCUCAAGGCAGCUAAUUCGUCCAGUGGCACCUACAGGGGCAGUCUUUCUGACGAACAGAUACAAGUUGGAUAACCGGCCGACAGCAUUUAAAAUAAUCCCUCCUUUACCCCCUGGGUUGGCAAAUGUGGAUGUCUUGAAGGAAUUCUUCUCGUUGUAUGGCGAUCUUUCUGCUGUUGAACUAGAAGAAGUUGAUGCUUGCAAUGAUGAUAGUGAUGGGUCAGAGAUGGCAAAAAAUUGCUCAGCCUGCUUGACUUUCACAACUCGCCGCUCAGCUGAGAGAGCAUUUUUUAAUGGUAGAUGUUGGCAAGGCAACAACUUGAAGUUUACAUGGGUGACAUCUAGUGCCUUUGGCAGUGACCUUUCUGGCAGAGAAAAUAUUUCAUCUGCCUUAAAGUGUCCUGUUGAUACUGAUGUGCAGCCGACUGAAAAAUUAGCAUGCACUGGUUCUGGUUCUCAGGAAGCUUCUGCAUCUGAAAAUGGGGAGACUGAAACGUCAGAAAGAAAUACUAGUGCAGACCAUGUGGAGUUGCAUGAAGUUCCAGAGCCGCUACCAACUUCAGAGCAUGGUGAGGACACAACUAAAUGCGAGGAUAGUGCAACAUCAAUGUGCAGCAAAGAAGAGCAGCCUAAAAGAGAGCUCAAUCCAACUGCAACAUCAGGGGAGAAUGAGUCGCAUAAAGGCCAUACCAGUUGAUGUUGGACUAAGUGUUGGACAUGUACAGUGAGGUAAAAUGCUAGAUCUUUUUUGAACUAUAAUUUCUGCGAGCCCCCAAAUUGAAAUUUCCAAAAUUUGAUUUUGCAGUAGCGUUAUUGUUUCAUGUAUCCUUUAGUGAUUUUGGACUGUCAGCCAGGCCACCUCCUAUGACGGCUGGUUAGUCAAAUGGCACAAUAUGUGGUAUUUCAGCUUUAUUGUGUUAGAUGCUUAGGUUUAGGAGUCGAGGACUAAAGUUGAAAGCAAAUUCGAUUGGAUUACACCUCUGCAUAUUCUUCCAUAAAUGUUAAAUUCCUAAUUUGAAAGAAAUGAGAAAUAGCCAUAAAUGGUUACAUUAGUGACA